GCUCGCGGCUGGGUUUUGAAAGUCAUCUUUCCUCAGGCUCGUGCUCUCUCCCCCACCGCCCAGCCCCACACGUCCCCUCGCCGUCCCCCAGCAGCAUGGCCGAGCAGGAGAGCCUGGAGUUCGGCAAGGCCGACUUUGUCCUCCUGGACCAGGUGACCAUGGAGCACUUCAUGGAGAACCUGAAGCUGAGGUUUGAGAUGGGGCGGAUUUACACCUACAUCGGGGAGGUGGUGGUCUCCAUGAACCCCUACAAGCAGACGCAGCUCUACGGGAAGGACGUGAUCGAGCAGUACCAGGGCCGAGAGCUGUACGAGCGGCCGCCGCACCUCUACGCCGUGGCCGACGCCGCUUACAAGGCCAUGAAACGCCGAGCCAAAGACACCUGCAUCGUCAUCUCAGGGGAGAGUGGUGCUGGGAAGACGGAAGCCAGUAAAUACAUCAUGCAGUACAUAGCGGCCAUCACUAACCCCAGCCAGAGGGAAGAGGUGGAGAGGGUGAAGAACGUGCUGCUCAAGUCCAACUGCGUCCUGGAGGCCUUCGGCAACGCCAAGACCAACCGCAACGACAACUCCAGCCGCUUCGGCAAAUACAUGGACAUCAACUUCGACUUCAAGGGGGACCCCACCGGCGGCCACAUCAACAACUACCUCCUGGAGAAGUCUCGCAUCCUCCACCAGCAGCCGGGCGAGAGGAACUUCCACUCCUUCUACCAGCUGCUUCUCGGGGCCUCGGACGCUCAGCUGGCCUCCCUCCAUCUCUGCAGAGACCCUGCAGCCUACCGCUUCACCAGCGAGGGCGCCAGCAACAACCUGCUGGCCUGUGAUCAGUCCAACUUCAAGGGUGUGGCAGACGCCAUGAAGGUGAUUGGCUUCAGCCCGGAGGAGAUCGACUCAGUCUACAAGAUCCUGGCUACUAUAUUACACCUGGGCAACGUGAGCUUCGUCGCCGAGGGAGAUGCCGCGGCGAUAGAGAACAGGGAGCUGGUCUCCCAGCUGGCGGAGCUGACCUCCACCGAGCCGGAGAGCCUGCUGAGAACCCUGCUGUACCGCGCAGUGGCCACGGGCGGCGGGGAGGUCAUCGAGAAGGGUCACAGCGCCAAGGAUGCCAACUAUGCCAGGGAUGCCUGCGCCAAGGCCAUCUACGAGCGGCUGUUCUGCUGGAUCGUGGGGCGCAUCAACACCGUCAUCGAGGUGAAGAACUACGACGCCCGGCUCCACGGCAAGAACACCGUCAUCGCCGUGCUGGACAUCUACGGCUUCGAGAUCUUCGACAGCAACAGCUUCGAGCAGUUUUGCAUCAAUUACUGUAACGAGAAGCUGCAGCAGCUGUUCAUCGAGCUGAUCCUGAGGCAGGAGCAGGAGGAGUAUCAGCGGGAAGGCAUUGAGUGGCAGCACAUCGAGUACUUCAACAACCAGAUCAUCGUGGACCUGGUGGAGCAGCCGCACAAGGGCAUCAUCUCCAUCCUGGACGAGGCCUGCCUGACGGGGGGCCAGGUCACGGACGCCAUGUUCCUGGAGUCCAUGAACACCAAGCUGGGCAAGCACCCGCACUACACCAGCCGCAAGCUCUGCGCCACCGACAAAUCCAUGGAGUUCGGCCGGGAUUUCCGCAUCAAGCACUACGCCGGGAACGUCACGUACUCGGUGGAGGGGUUUAUCGACAAGAACAAGGACACCCUCUUCCAAGAUUUCAAACGGUUGAUGUACAACAGCACAGACCCCGUCCUGAGGGACAUGUGGCCGGAGGGCGAGGUCAGCAUCACCGAGGUGACCAAGCGCCCCCUGACGGCCGCCACGCUCUUCAAGAACUCCAUGGUGGCGCUGGUGGAGAACCUGGCCUCCAAGGAGCCCUACUACGUGCGCUGCAUCAAGCCCAACGACCAGAAGUCACCGCUGCUCUUUGACGCCGAGCGCUGCCGCCACCAGGUGGAGUACCUGGGCCUGCUGGAGAACGUGCGGGUCCGCAGGGCCGGCUUCGCCUACCGGCAGCCCUACGAGCGCUUCCUGCUCAGGUAUAAGAUGACCUGCGAGUACACGUGGCCCAACCACCUCAUGCCCACGGACCAGGAGGCCACGCGGGCCCUCAUCGACCAGCACGGCUUCCAGGACGACGUGGCCUAUGGCCACACCAAGCUCUUCAUCCGCAUGCCCCAGACCCUCUUCUGCCUGGAGCAGGAGCGGGCCCAGCUCAUCCCCAUCAUCGUGCUCCUGCUGCAGAAGGCGUGGCGGGGGGCCCUGGCCCGGCGGCGCUGCCGGUACCUGCGUGCCAUCUACACCAUCAUGGGCCACUACAAGCGGCACAAGGUGAAGACGUACCUGCUGGAGCUGGUGCGCCGCUUCCAGGGCGUGCGCAGCAUGGCCGACUACGGCAAGAGCGUGGAGUGGCCCGACCCGCCGGCGGUGCUGGCGCAGUUCCAGGAGAACAGCAAGCUGCUCUUCCGCAGGUGGCGAGCCAGGCAGAUCGUGAAGAACAUCCCUCCCUCGGACAUGGGGCAGAUCCAGGCCAAGGUGGCGGCCAUGGAAGUGCUGCAGGGCUUGCGCAAAGACUGGGGUUGCCAGAGGAACUGGGGCCGGGAUUACCUGUCGUCGGUGGCUGAAAACCCGGUCAUGGCCGCCCACUUCGCCAGGAGGGUGCAGGCCCUGAGGGACAAAGUGCACUUCGGCUCGGUGCUGUUCUCCUGCCAUGUCCGCAAGAUCAACCGCUUUAACAAGCGCAGGGACCGGGCCAUUCUCGUCACGGACCAGCACCUCUACAAGCUGGAGCCCAGGAAGCAGUACAAGGUGAUGCGGACCCUGCCUCUGAGCAUGGUGACGGGGGUGAGCGUGACCAGCUGCCAGGACCAGCUGGUGGUGUUUCACACCCAGAACCAUGACGACCUGGUCAUCUGCUUCCAUAAGAUGCAGCCGGAAGAGGACAACCGAGUUGGGGAGCUGGUGGGGGUGCUGGUGGACCACUUCAAAACGACGAAGCGCGAGCUGCAGGUGCGCGUGUCGGACUGUAUCCAGCUGAGCCUGCGCGGGAGGAAGAGGCUGGUUGCCGUGGAGAUGCGCCACGAGCUGGCCUUCCCCGACUUCGGCAAGAGCCGGGACGGCUUUGUGCUUUACUGUCCCAGGAGAUGAGCCAGGGCCGCCCGGCGGGUCCCGGCUGGACAGCAGGGGGAGGGUCUGCUUGGCUGCGAACCCAGACCUGCCGUUCCCCGUGGGGAGGAGCUGGGACGCAGGACGCCGGGCCCUGCUCAGCAUCGGGCCCUCCCUUCCUUUGGUUUUUCGCUAGGGUUUUGUAACCUUGUAUUGAGUGAGUUCAUCACUGUGGCCGGAGCCAGCCGGAGCCUG